CAAACAUCUACAAGCCACUCUUCGCAAUCUUCCUUGUUUCAUCGAUUCAACCCCCUCGCUUCCAUUCAACCUUCUUCCCAGCAACUCGCCAGCUAUAUUCUCUUUGCGAUAAGUGCUAUACUUGAACCGUAACAAUGUCUGUUAUCACGGAAGAAUUGCGCUCAAGAAACUUCAGUAUCUACGGUCAAUGGACGGGUGUGCUGUGCAUCAUCCUGUGUCUUGCCGUCGGUAUCGCCAACAUUUUCUCGUUCAAUGCGGUCCUCAUCGUUUUCAGUAUUCUGUGCAUCGUUUCCGGUUGCAUCCUCAUCUUCACUGAGGUGCCUUUCCUCCUUAGAAUCUGCCCUACAUCAGAGAAAUUCGACACUUUUAUCCGACGCUUCACAACCAACUGGAUGCGUGCUGGAAUGUACACCGUCAUGAGUGUUGUUCAGUGGCUUAGUCUCAUUGAGAGAGGCUCUAGUUUAAUUGCGGCCGCCGUCCUCCUUCUCAUCGCCGGUAUUUUCUAUGCUCUGGCUGGCCUCAAGAGCCAGGACUUUGUUGGCAGCAAGACCUUGGGCGGACAAGGCAUUGCGCAAAUGAUCGUUUAGUGGAAUCACCAAUUCCCGCUGGACCGUUGCAUAUUGAUCUUAGUUUGCACUUUCUGUCGGCGCCAAUCUGGCCGAUGGGCCAGAAAGACAAUGAAGAAAAAUGAGUUUUAAAAAUGAUGUGCUGAGUUCUUCCUAUGUCCAACGCACCACGAUUACGAAUUGACGCUGCUAUUCCCAACGCCGCUGUUCAAGCCUUGUACUACUACCUCAUGUUGGUUUGACAAAGCCAGAUCCUGUCUGAGACUCGAGUUGGCUUUUUGGAGCACGCACAUCUGUUUACCCUUCUGUAUGGGUUGGAUUUGCAUUGUUAUAUCCUGUUUCUGUUUUGAAGACUUAGCUGAUGAUCGCGUGUGAUUGUCCUUGGCUGGUCAGUGUUAUUUCCCGUUAUAGUGUAUACCC